AUGCCAGAAGGCCCAUCAGUGAGGAAGUUCCAGCUGCUGACCUCCCCUUUUGUGGGACAAGUGGUGGCCAAGGUGGGGGGCAGCAGCCGGAAGAUCAACGUGAAUGAUCUGAAUGCCCUGAGGCUUCAGGACUCCCAGGUUCAUGGGAAAAACUUGUACCUGGCAUUUGUGGCAGCUGAAGAUCCCUUAGGACCAACUGAAGAAGAGGCAUUGCUGCAAAGAGAGACUGCCAGCGAGGCAAGUUCUCCUGCCCAGGGUGGGCAAGAACAGGUUUGUGCUCCACAGAUACAUCUCCAGGAGGAGGGGGAGCUGCAGGAACUCCUGUGCUCCAGGUCUGAAGCUCCAGAUGCAGCAGAAGGUCCAGGCAACUGGCUGCGCUUCCACUUCGGCUUGUUUGGCAGCAUUCGGGCAAAUGAAUUCUCCAGAGCCAACAAAGCCAAUAAGAGGGGGGACUGGAAGGACCCUGUACCCAGGCUGGUGCUGCACUUUGAGAGCGGAGGCUUCCUUGUUUUCUACAACUGCCGAAUGCACUGGUGCUCCUCUCCGAGGGCUGAUCCUGCUUCUGACAUCCUGUCUGUGGAGUUCCACCGUGGCCAAGCACUGGAUGCCCUCCGUGCAGCCGAUCCCAUCUGCUACACCCUCUUAGACCAAAGAUAUUUUUCAGGGCUGGGGAACAUCAUUAAGAAUGAGAUCUUGUACCUGGCCAAGAUCCAUCCAUUGACACCAGGCUCUCUCUUGGCUCUCUCGGAUCUGGAGCGUCUACUUGACUGUGCUGUGCAGUUCAGCUCUGACUGGCUGCACAGCAAGCUGCGUGGCAAAGGGCUGCACCCUCAGAUCUACCAGAAGGAGCAAUGUCCCCUGGGGCAUGCAGUGAUGAAGGAAACUCUUGGACCCUCAGGUGGCUUUAAGAGACUUACGUGGUGGUGUCCUCAGUGCCAGCCUGUGGUGCUGUCAGGGGAUGGAAAUCCUUCCCUAGGCACCGAGUGA